UAAGCCCCGCCCGACCCACCUGAGGAAGUUUUCGUACGUAUGCCUGUGAAGCUGAAGCGAGGCCUAACGUGUCCCUGAUGGUCUGUCUGGUACUUGGUAGCGCCUUAUUAUAAGCGCAGACUUUUAGGAAGCAAGUUAACUUGUUGUGAAAGCGACUGGUGGCUGCCUGUUUGUGUGUUGCAAGCUUUAUAUGAGUAGGGCUGAGCGCCUUCUAUACAGAGAACGCAAUGCUUUACCUACACAAUUUGACUUAAUAGUUACUUUAUCAGUGUUUGUUUUAUUUUUGGACAAGUGGUAAUAUUUUAUCUGUGUUUAGCUUUUAGGAUUAGUGAAAACGCAUAUAUGGAUCAAAACUUGUUAGGGAAGUGCAGUGUUUAGGGAGCAAAGAGAGUGUGGUGGCUCAUAUAUAAGAGAGUCGGAUCUUCAAUAGUUAAUUUAAAGAUUUCAAUGGCCACAAGUAAACCAGCAAAAAUUAGCGUCUCUGCUAAAAGGAAUUUUCGAAAGGAAGAAAUCAACAAGAUUCUAUGGGAGCUCCCCCCAAGAUAUGCAACCCUGAUUCCAAUUGGCAGUGGUGCUUAUGGAUCUGUAUGCUCUGCCUUUGACUUGAAGACAGGAGAAAAAAUUGCCAUCAAGAAAUUAUGUCGUCCGUUCCAGUCACAAAUCUUUGCCAAAAGAGCAUUUAGAGAACUUGCUCUUCUUAAGCAUAUGAAUCAUGAAAAUGUUAUUGGGCUACUGGAUGUGUUUACCUCAGCAACAUCACUCUGUGAUUUCCAAGACUUUUAUAUAGUGAUGCCAUACAUGCAGAUUGAUCUACAGAAGAUAAUGGGACAUCACCUAUCUGAAGAUAAAAUUCAGUAUCUAGUCUAUCAAAUGCUGUGCGGUCUCAAGUAUAUUCAUGCGGCUGGUAUCGUUCACAGGGACCUGAAACCCGGUAACCUGGCAGUCAAUGAGGAUUGUGAGCUAAAGAUUUUAGACUUUGGUCUAGCCAGACAUGCAGAUGCUGAAAUGACCGGUUAUGUGGUGACUCGUUGGUACAGGGCACCGGAAGUCAUACUUAAUUGGAUGCAUUAUAACAAGACCGUGGACAUCUGGUCAGUCGGCUGCAUAAUGGGAGAGAUGUUAAUAGGAAAGCCCCUCUUUAAAGGAAAAGACUAUUUGGACCAAUUAACACAAAUUCUAAAAGUGACAGGCGUCCCAGGGCCAGAGUUCGUUCAAAAGCUAGAAGACAUGGCAGCCAAAAAAUAUAUACAAUCACUGCCAAAAAUUCCCAGGAAGGAUUUCUCUUUGCUGUUCCCAAAUGCCAGUGAUUUGGCUGUGGAUCUGCUAGAAAAGAUGCUAGAGUUGGAUGUGGAGAACCGACUGACAGCCACAGAGGCAUUAGAGCAUCCUUACUUUGAUGAGUACCAUGAUGUAGAUGAAGAAACUGAGGCCCCACUUUAUGAUGAUUCCCUUGAACGUGAAAAGUUAUCUGUGGAGGAAUGGAAAAAAUAUACUUAUGAGGAGAUUAUUAGAUUCACCCCUAUAAUGAGAAAGGAUUCAAAACGCAGGAGUGGCCUGUCCAUCAGAGAGUAAUAUGACGCAUCGACUUAGGAGAAACUGGACAUUUUGAGAACAGUUCUCUGCAUUUUCUGUAGAAUUUUGUGAACUCUUCACUAUAUACAUUUUAUAUAUUCAUGCAAAGACAAUGCUAUAUAUGAGUAAAGUCAUCAGAGAACAAUGUUUUUAAUUUGUAAAGAAGACAUUUCACAAGCAACCAAGAAACAAUGCUAUUGAUUUGUCUACAUGGCCAGACUCAAAUAGGACUAAAGUGACUCUGUUUUUAUUAAAAGGACAAGUAGGUGAUACAAACUCUUAUGUGGUUUAAUUUUUAACAAAAGGUCAGUCAAGUACUUCCCACCCUUUUAAUACUUUGUAAUAUGAUAUAUAUGUAAUUCAUCAUACAUAUUUAAAUGAAAAAAAAAUGAUAAAUGUUUGUGUAUGAAAACAGAGCAUUAUACAAAGAGGGUUGAAGAGUAUCCAGAUUUUUUUCAAGGGCUGCAUAGGUGGAAUGUAUAAUGUAUGUUAAAAAUUGUAAACAAAAUGAGUUUUAAAUACUUGUAGACUAAGCUUGGUAAGCAGAUAUUUGGUAAUACAGUUCAUAAUUUCUGAUUCAUAUGUAAAAAGAGUAAUGCCCCUUAAAAAUUGUAAUACACAAAGUUUGAUAUUUUAUCUGUAUCAGGACCUUGAAAUACAGUAGAACUGCAUAAUCAAUCAAUAAAUGAAUAAUAAAAGACAA